AUGGAGGAUGACGAGGAGGAUACGCCUUUACCGAUUACAGCCAAUCAGAUCGAGAUCGCAGACACCAGACGAGGGAACAUGCCGCUGAUUCAGACGACGCCACGCUUCCGGAACUCGGGCUCCGUCCCGAACGCGGUCAGUCCGCUCCGCCGGUCCCUGCACGGAGCCGUGGGUUUGGGGUUCCUGUCCGCACCGUCAGGAUCCGCAGAUGAUUCACAAGCGCUUCUUCACAAUUUAAUCUUCUUCCCCGGAGGAGACUCUGGUUUCGCCGCUCGCGUUCCGUCUGCGUCAGAGGAAUCAGGAGAAGAAGAACAGCAGGAUGAAGGGAAAGGGGAAGAGAGAGACGAGGAUAGGACGAGUGUGGAAGUGCAGAUCGGACGGAAGUUGCGCGAGAUCGGAGAUCAUUUUCAGCAGGAGCACAUGCAGCUGUUCAUGCAGUAUCAGAGAAACCGGCAGCCGAUUUGGUGGCGUUUAGCAACGACGCUUUACGACUUCCUGUUUCCGAGGGAGUUCAUCGGACACUGAGGAGGUCAAAGGUGAAGGAAUCCUCCGUCUCUGGGUCCUAGUGUCUGCCCUCGGGUUACUUGUGCCCUUAAACAGGCUUUUUGAGAUGAACUUGGAAAACAGACAGGAAGUGAGAACGAGUGCGAGUCGCCGCUGGACGGAGACGGUGUCCCCGCUACUGCUCACAAAGAAGCCAUCUUUAAAAUGGAGCUAGUUUUAUGUUUUUUUUUAUAAUUCUUUUUUUUUGUCGCUUAUUUUAAUUUUGCCUAUUAGUCUGCGAAUGCCUUACAGUGGAUUGAGUUAAGAAAAAAAAAGUUGCUUCAAAGAUCGAAGGACUUCAGGAAAGUUCCAGAAAUUAGAAAAUGUGAAGGAGCAGCCUCAAAAAACUCAACAACAAACUUUUCUUUUUUUAAUUUCCUACUGAUUAAAAUUACUUUUUUUUUUAAACUUUUUUUUUUUUUAAACAUGUCUUUGAGACAGUUUUUCGCUGAUCUCAGCACAAGUUUUACUGAACAGUUCAUUUUUUGAAAAAAAAAAAAAAAAUCUCUUGGAAUGAAAACAUCAUCAAUGCACGUCUGUCGCCUUAAAAUCAAUUUUUAACAUCUGAGCCUUUAACCUGAGCCUUUAAGAUCCUCAGGGCUGAGAGACAUUUUCACUAUCGUAAUUAUUCUGAAGGUUUCUACUCGCUUUACUGAGACGUUUUGUCUCGGAACUUUUUCUCCGUCUGAGCUGGAUGAUUUUUAAACGCGACUUUUAUCGUUUACUGCAAUUUUCUUUGUGAAAUAUCAUAAAUUACGUCCAUUUUUAAAUUAAAAAACCUAAACUUGUGAGUUUUUAACUAGGUCCUAAGUUGUUAAAUAAAUUUUGGUGCCACGUUUAACAUGUUUAUUGACCAUUUAAAUCAGAAAAUUUAAAGUAAUAAAAAAUUGAAAUAGUGUGACAAUUUUUUGGUCAAAAACAAAUAAAAGAGGAAUUCAGUGGAUUGAUGCUGAAGAUGUUUACAGUCAGGUUUAAAAGUCUAAUUUUACUACAAAAAGUUUUUACUUCAGCAUUUUUUAUAAUAAAUGUUAUUAUAAAAAAUUAUAAAAAAUUUAACUACUAAAUUUUUGUAUGAAGCUGAAAUUCUUUCUCAUUUAAAAAAAAAAAAAAAAACUCAGAUUUUUAAGCCUGACUGUAAAACUAGUAUAAAUUUGGAACUUGCUGUAAAAGCAAUGCUGUCGCACGUCCAAUCAACAAUCAGAAAUGAGCUUAAAAUCGGAUUUCACUGCAUUUGAAUAUUUCCUCGGAUGUACAAUCCUGCAGUUCUGAUGAGAAACUUUACAGUUUGAGGAAUUGUGUUUCUGUGUAUAAAAACACCACUGCUUUCAAACGGGUUGUAAAAAAACUGUCGAUGAUUAUUAUUAUUAUUAUUUUUUUUUUAUUUAUCGAAAGAUGUUUUUUAAAAAUCAGAUGAAAUAUAAAAGAUGGGAGUAUAAAGAAGAGAAAAUGCACUGUUUCCUAAUUAACGUAAAGUUUUAUCCGAAGCCAUUAAUGAAUGAAUUACGGUGCAUUUUUUUUAUUGCUCUUCCCCAAACUUUAUAAAGGCCCUUAUUCAUCAAAGCUGCGCUGAUUUCUACACAAUUUUACUCAGUUAUUAUUAUUUUUUUUAACUUUCUGCUGAGAACAUUGUUUUCUUGUUAUAAUUUUUUUAUCACAUGAAAACAAAAACCUUAAAGUCCCUCAUCUAUGUCCAUAAAACACUGUGAGCUUAUUUAAUUUAAUCUAAUCUAGCUAAUUCUAAUCUAAUCUAGCUAAAGUUCAACACUUUAAAUUUGGCUAAAUAGCUUAUUAUUUUUAACUAAUAAAACAUUUACAGGCUAACACUUACACUCGUUUUUAUUUUAAGUUUGGUAAAUAAGGGCCAAAACAUGUAUUUAUUUAUUUAUUUUAUUUUUUUCAUAAUUCUGACCAAAUACACGGCCAGUUGAAGAUUUUUUUUUCUGUAAGAUUUUACUAGUGUCCAAUGAGAAGGCCUGAUUUUGUCACAUGACCAGCUCAUGAAUUGGACCUAAUGUGUUCUUUCUUUCUUUCUUUUUUUUU